AUGUCGUCCGGGGAUGCGGAGUGCGCGGGGCGACAGGGCGCCCCGCGUGCGGCUGCCGCGCUUUGCGGCCUGUACCACGAGGCGGGGCAGCGGCUGAGGCGCCUGCAAGACCAGCUGGCGGCCCGGGACGCCCUCAUCGCGCGCCUCCGCGCCCGGCUCGCCGCGCUCGAGGGGGACACGGCACCGUCGCUCGUGGACGCGCUGCUGGAGCAGGUGGCGCGCUUCCGGGAGCAGCUGCGGCAGCGGGACGGCGGCGCCGCGGAGGCCGCGCUGCGCCAGGAAAUUGAGAGACUCUCGGAGCAGCUGGAGGAGAAGGAGCGGGAGGCACAGCAGCUCCUGAGCCAGCCGGGGCUCGAGCGGGAGAAGGAGGUGGCCCUGCUGCGGAGGAGUGUGGCGGAGAAGGAGCGGGCCCGGGCCGCCAGCCACGUCCUGUGUCGCUCCCUGGCCGACGAGACCCACCAGCUGCGGCGGACCCUGGCCGCCACGGCCCACAUGUGCCAGCAUCUGGCCAAGUGUCUGGAUGAACGCCAGGGGGCACCGGGGGCCGCGGGGGAGCAGAGCCCUGAGCCCGAGUGUGCAGACGGGGACGCCUCUGUGCACGCGGUGGUUGAGAAGUUACGGGAGGAGAACCGGGUGCUGAGGCAGAAGGUGACUCACGUGGAGGACCUUAACGCGAGGUGGCAGCGCUACGACGCCAGCAGGGACGAAUACGUGAGGGGGCUCCACGCACAGCUGAAGGGCCUGCAGGCCACCCCGGAGCCCGAGCUGAUGCGGAAGGAGGUCUCCCGGCUCAACGCGCAGUUGGAGGAGAAGAUGGAUGACUGCGCGGAGGCGCGGCGGGAGCUGGCGGCAGCGAAGAGCGCGAGGGACGCGGCGCUGGAGCGCGUGCAGAUGCUGGAGCAGCAGAUCCUCGCGUACAAGGACGACUUCACGUCGGAGAGGGCCGACAGGGAGCGGGCGCAGAGCCGCAUCCACGAACUGGAGGAGCAGGUGGCCUUGCUGCAGCGCCAGGCAUCCUGGAGACAGGAUUCGCGCGAGCCAGCCUCCUGCCGGAUUCACACGGGGAGCAGAUCUCCCAGAUACUUAGAGACCGACGCUUCGGAGCCUGUGGCGGCCGGUGGCCGGAGGCCUGGGACGGGAUCCCAGUGGCUGGACCUCCCCGCAGAGGGCGGGUGCUCGGGAGUGACCCAGGGAGGCCAGGGGGACCUGCAGUGCCCCCACUGCCUGCAGUGCUUCAGCGACGAGCAGGGCGAGGAGCUCUUCAGGCACGUGGCCGAGUGCUGCCAGUGA